UGAAAAAAAAGAUCGUUUCGCCAAUAUCGUUCGGCGACGCCGUCAAAUGUUUCCUUUGAAGCUAGAAAGCCCAAACGAACGUCAGUUCACAACAAGCUUCCAUUCGUUCCUCAACUCAACAGUUUGGCAUUUGCCAACAGAAAAAAGCCAAGCCACAGUAUAUUCUAAAACUAUUUUUUCCGAGUGUUUCUUUUAACUAAGCGAUACUUGGAUUAUAGAAAAAAAGAAGUAGGUGGCGCUCAUUUUGCUGGCAAGAUGCAGAAAUUGGUGCAGAGCAAAGAUGCCGAAAAACUGAUCUCGGAAACCAAGUACUUCCUGGACGAGUACGAUUCGAUCAUCAGCCACUGGGACCUGUCGGGUAAUUUCUUCCUGCACUAUCUGAUUGAGAUUCACGAGAGUGUGACGCAACUGUUGGCCAAAUUCACCACCCUCUCCCUAGAUGGGGUGGGGGAGCGUAAACAGGAAAACUUCUUCAACCUACACUGCUGCGGGCAAGAUUUUCACACCGUCAAGGAUCUGCGGCUGCAUCAUCACUCGUGUCGCCACAAGAAGUCCGGUUUCGAAGAAACAGACAACUGUGAGCUUAAAUCGGCCCUACUCAAACUUGCAUUCUUUAAUCGGCGGGUCAGCGAGUACGUGCAGUAUGGGACGGUCGCCGAUCGGUAUCUAUGUCUGUAUUUGAAGAAAAUACUGAAGAAGAUCACCAUCACGUUGGACACGUUUGCACUGUGAAGUAAGUCGUGGUAAAACCACGAUUUGAAGAAAUAAUUUUAAUUAUUAGAAAUUAAAUAAAACAGAGAACAUCUUUUUUGGAGAUGAUUGCUUUCAUGUGAGGGAACGAAUGGUUAAGAA